AUGGCAGACCGGUCACAGCAUCGCAGCGAGAGUCGCGGCAGGGACGAUCGUCGCAGCGACAGCCGGGGGCGCGAUUCGCGGGACGGCGGGGAGCGAGAGCGAGACCGCGACCGCGAGCGUGACCGCGGCGGCGGCGGCGGCAGCGGCGAGCGGGUGCGCCGGGACGCUCGAGACCGGGACGGCAGCCGCGACGGCGGCGUGCAGGACGGCAGGCGGGAGCGGGCGCCCGAGGGCGAGCGCGAGCGGGAGCGGCGGCGGCCGGCGGGGGGCGACGGCAGCAGCGCCGGCGGCGGCGGCGGCAGCGGCAGCGCGCAGCCGCGGCCGGCGUCGGCGGGCAAGCAGCUGACUCCGACCAAGCCCCCCGUGCCCGGGGGCGCGGCCGCCCGCAGCAGCGCCGGCGGCGGCGGCGCCGGCCCGGCCGCGCUGUUUGGCGGGGCGGGCGUGUCGAACCUCCUAAAAUCGGCGAUCGAAGACGCGCGCCGCCGCGCCGCGCGGCAGGACGGCGGCGGGAGCAGCCCAGAGGAGGGCGAAGCGGCGGACGGGGACGGCGGCGGCGGCGACGGCGCGCCCGGCGCCAAGCGGCGGCGGCACAGCCCCAUAACGUGGGCCUCCCCCAAGCGGCGGGCCGGGGAGAGUGCGCACGACGGCGCCAGGCCGCCGCGACGCCCACCCAGCACCGAGGGCCUGUCUCUGCGGGACCGAGUGGCAGCGGAGGCGGCGGAGUUCAGGCGGUUGCAGGGCGAGGCAGCGGCGGAUGAUGACGACGGCGGCGAGGUGCCCCUCAAGUCAUCCCCGUCGCUGGAUGACAUCGAGCAUGACUACGGCGGCGACGACGACGACGCGGCGGCGAGCCAGCCGCCGUCGACGCGGCGGGGGAACAGGGGCACGGACGAGCGGCGGCCGGCUGGGAGCGAGGAGGUGGCUGGGGACGGCGGUGGCGGCGGCGGCGGGAAGCGCAGCAGGUGGCUGAUAGAAGACGAGGAAGAGGGCGGGGGCGGCAAGGCGCGGCCGGGCGGUGGGGCCCAGGCAACGGGGCGGCGCGGCGGCGGGGCGGAGGAGGGGGAGGCGGCCGGGGACGACGAGGAUGAGAUCAUGCGGGAGCUCAACAGGCGCGAACGAGAGGAGCUUGAGCGCGGCGGCGGCGGCGGCGGCGGCGGCAACGCGAGCGGCGCCUCGACCCCCGGCAGCGAGACCCCCGGCCGCGCCGGCCCCGGCGCCCUCACGCCCGGCCGCGCCGGCAACGGCGACGCGGCGGCGCUGCUGGGCGGCGCGGGGGCGCCGAGCGAGAUCGAGCGGGAGCUGGAGGGGCGGCCGUUUGAGAAGAGCAUGCUGGAGGAGUGCCGCAGCGUGGAGGAGUAUGAGAAGCUCAACAGGAUCUCAGAGGGCACCUACGGCGUCGUCUUCCGCGCGCGCGAGAAGAAGACCGGCCACAUCUUUGCCCUCAAGAAGAUCAAGCUGGAGCGCUUCAACGACGGGUUCCCCCAGACGUCCAUACGCGAGAUCAACGUGCUGCUGUCGCUGCACCACCCCAACAUCGUCAACGUCACAGAGGUUGUGGUCGGUCCCGGGUCUGGCGUGUUCAUGGUGAUGGAGUUUGUUGAGCAUGACGUGAAGCAGCUGCUGGACCAGGAGCUGAAGAAAAACCCACUCAGCACCGCACAGGCCAAGUGCCUGAUGCAGCAGCUGCUGCGCGGCAUCGCGUACCUCCACGAGCACUGGGUGCUGCACCGCGACCUCAAAACGUCAAACCUGCUCUACGGCAACGACGGCACCCUCAAGAUCUGCGACUUUGGCCUCGCCCGCCAGUUCGGCUCCCCGUUGAGGCCGUACACGCCCAUGGUGGUGACCCUGUGGUACCGCUCCAUAGAAAAGCUGCUGGGGGAGGAGCGCUACUCGACGCCGCUGGACAUGUGGGCGGUGGGCUGCAUCAUGGCGGAGCUGCUGUCAGGGAAGCCGCUGUUCCAGGGUCAGGGCGAGAUGGACCAGAUCAAGCAGAUAUUUGCGAUGCUGGGGACGCCCAACUCUGAGGACUGGCCGGGCUGGGACCAGCUGCCCUACUUCAAGACCUUCAAGGGUGGUCCCCUCUAG